AUGGCGACCCGUUCAACCCGCACUUAUGAAUUCCCCGACGAAAUAUGCGCUGCUCUUAAUUCCAGAUCAACAGUUCGAUUUGUUGUCAGAAGAAAGGCCGAGCUCGAAUCUCGACUUGCGGCGCCCAUCGUUCAGGCUGCGUCUAACAGGGCUGCCACGAUAAGCAGGGCACUCCUCAAGCAAAUGGGACGGGAGGAUGCCAAGUUCGACAUAGAGAUGGUCAUGAUCGAGCUAUUGGAUGCCAAAACAACCGUCUAUUUCUGUUUCGAUAUUUUCCUAGAGGAGUGCGACGAAGCGACUCGGCUCGGCAUAUCUAACAGCACUCGGGAACCCGUCUACUACCUACCGCAGCGGAUAGUUGGGCAGCUGCUGGAAGCUUAUCUCCGGAAUGAUAAAGGGCCACGCCCUUUUUUCCACGAUGCUCUGACCCCAUCAGUCCAUGUUGACAGUGUCCGCCAAGAAUGUGGGACGGAGGUUGGGGCGGUAUCGUCGGAACAGGAACAGGGUGAAAACUCGGCAAUCCAGCAGAAAACACCAGUCAAGGACAGUUGA